AUGGGCCCUAGCAAAGAUAAUGGCCCACGAACCUAUCACAAUCACUGUUCGAAUAUCUACCAUAGAGCUUCGGGCGAUCAAAAAGUCCCCCAAUAUGGACCAUCAGGCUCGUUGAUCUACCAGGCGUCUCGUGGAUCUGCCUUUAGCGACUGCGUCCGUUGUCAAAACGCCGUGAAGCAGGCGGAAACCAAAGUCCAGGACCAUCUGCGACCUAGACGACUUCAUCACGCAUCCGUGAAGCUUGGCGGUGAAUCAGAGAUCCAAGUCGACGAUGGAAAUCAUCUUUACUUUGUCAACAAAACCGACAUCAGAGAAGUUGUGAAGAUUGUACUAGAUACGUUUCAACAGGAGGCGGCAUACCAAGACAGCAUCAAACGUGAAAACAUUUCAGAUAAGAAUCCAAGCCAGAGCAGUCCCAUGCUUCUGGAAUUCGAUAGAAAGAGAAAUUCCAUCACCCCGCGUCUCUCUGCCGUCGCUGAACCCGCAACCACCAUCAGUGUGCCAAAGACGUUCUUCGCUCACACAAAAUGGAACAGUACAGAACUAUCUGCAGGCUAUUUGAAAGAUGACUUGUCAACAACAACUACCAUAUUGUCUCGUGGGAGCGUAUCCGAGAUAGUGUGGUCAGAAAAUAUAUCGACUGGCGCUAACAGGCCAUCGCGUUCCAGGUCGUCUGCAAAGGCAUCCAACAAACCUUCAAAUCACAAACGCAUACAAAGGCAGCCUAUAUCCAAGUCUGCUCAAUUUCAAGGUACUCUGAUCCCCGAAGAAACGACGACACGGUAUCUUACAAACCGGUUGGAAUCACUGUCAUCGAACCUCUCUUUUCAGAAGCGAAUAUCUCGAUCGACUGAUGAGGAGUCAAACAUAACCUCGUUCCCCGAGCUACGCCCACGUCACUGCACAAACGACUGGCUCAACCCACCCGCUGAAAUUGAACAACUUACUCAAGCCCCGACAUCUGACUUAUACCGUCGAGGAGUCGAUGCACACAGUGGUAGGGCUCCCGCGUCUCCAGAAGCUGCUUGGCAAGCUCCCCAGCCCAUAGCCAUACCGUGUGACGACAGUAUUUUCGACAAAGAUCCUUUCUACUGCACUAAUCUUUACCUUCAAGAGCGUCGAGCAACCAAUGGCUCGACUUCUACUGGCAAAAUCCGCCCAGGAAGCUCCAUUAGCUCAUCUGCCUAUCAGCGACGCAGUUCUCAGGUUCCCCUUGCCUAUGAUUCGCCUUGGGACAGUCAGGAGGGUUUUAUCCCUCGAAUACUUGAGAAACUUCGGCGAAAUACCCAGUACGAUCUCAACCAGCAGGCAUAUCCACGGCCAGAUGAUAACGUUUGGUCUGCUGAGCGUAGAAAAUCGCCUUCACCGGAAGCUGGGACUGAUGCCAACGUUCGAUCCAGAGACAGCAUUGUGAAGGAACGCACUUUGAAGCCGCCGACGGCAGAUAACUUGGGGAUUUAUGAAGCACUGACGGGAAGUAAAAUGGUUGUCGGGAGAAAACGACAUGACACGUGCUCAGAAGAUAAUCAGCCGCACGUAUGCGAAAACGACAUGGACCAUACCAAGUGUAGUAGCAGAGUGCCAGUAAUUUGA